AUGAGCUCCAAAGAACAACCCCAAUGGGGUAACUACUAUUACCAAGGAUUGCGGAAAGGCAAAAAGAAUUGGGCCUUGGAAAUAUUACACAAGCUGAAAGAAGAGCUCCCUACGUUCGAGGAAAUCUUUGAUGAGGAGACAUUCUAUGUAUUCGCCAUUUGUUUCACGAUAGCAACAAUUGUUCUCGUGAUAUUUUUCGCAAAAAUUGUUGGGGUUAAGCUGAAAGAGCACCCAUUGGAGACAAAUCGAGAUUGGGGAGAGCCUGUGCCUGCAAACUUUUUCUCAUUUCCCUGGGAAGAAGAAAAACGAAGGAAGAAAAAGCAAGAA